AACAGAAAUACCAGAAGAUGGAUACCAAAAUGGAGGAUGUUGGGAAGACCCCUCCCCCGUCUAGUAUAGCUGUCGCCGACCCCUCAUCUAUUAACCAGCUGGAUGGAUGGAUCGAGACCUUGAUGCAAUGCAAGCAGCUAAACGAGGUAGAUGUACAGAGGCUCUGUGAAAAGGUACGUCCCGGCUACCACCUCGAGGCGUCACUAUGAGCUAGCUGGUGGGAAGCGCCUUAUCGAACGGUUCCUGACUUGUUGUUGCAGGCGAGAGAGAUACUUCAAGACGAGUCAAAUGUGCAGCCUGUGGUACGUUACCCUUGGCGUGACCUUUCCCCGCCUUACAACUUCUCCCCCUGUCUUGAUCGGUGAGCUGAAACACUCUGCUGCAGAGAUGCCCGGUCACGGUUUGUGGUGAUAUUCACGGCCAAUUCCACGAUUUGAUGGAGUUAUUCAGGAUCGGUGGUCCUAACCCUGACACCAAUUAUCUGUUUAUGGGUUCGUGGGGCCCCACUCGUCGAAAGGGGUGCGAUGCGUUCAUUUUUGGUAGAGUCUGAUAUGCGUUCUUGCAGGUGAUUAUGUCGACCGUGGAUACUAUUCGGUCGAGACGGUCACGUUGCUUGUUGCGUUGAAGAUCAGAUAUCCCCAGAGGAUUACAAUUUUGCGGGGCAAUCACGAAUCCAGGCAGAUCACACAAGUCUACGGUUUCUAUGACGAGUGCUUGCGCAAGUACGGGAACGCAAAUGUUUGGAAGUAAGAUAUCGCCCAGCCCGUGGCUGGUGGCAACCUAGCCCUCUUACCCAUCACCCCGUACCCUCCACCGCUAUGCUAACGGGGACGAUGUGUAGGCUUUUCACGGACCUGUUCGAUUUUCUUCCUCUUACUGCUUUGAUCGAUAACCAAAUCUUCUGUCUCCAUGGCGGUUUGUCCCCGAGCAUCGAUACCCUUGAUAACAUCCGGGCACUGGAUCGCAUUCAGGAGGUGCCCCAUGAAGGUCCCAUGUGUGACCUGCUGUGGUCUGACCCAGAUGACCGUUGUGGGUGGGGGAUAUCUCCUCGCGGGGCUGGUUAUACAUUUGGUCAGGACAUAUCCGAAGCGUUUAAUCAUAAUAACGGCCUUACACUGGUUGCGAGGGCGCAUCAGCUGGUUAUGGAGGGAUACAAUUGGUCGCAAGACCGUAACGUAGUUACCAUCUUCUCAGGCGAGAUAUGCACCUUAUCCAUUGCGAGAUUUAUCGCUGACUGUCCCCGCAGCCCCCAAUUACUGUUAUAGGUGCGGCAACCAGGCGGCUAUUAUGGAGAUUGACGAGAAUCUGAAAUACACUUUGUAACCGCCCCGCAUCUUUGAUCUUUAGCCACAAUGCGCUAACCGGAGCAUAGCUUGCAAUUCGACCCUUGCCCGAGGGCUGGGGAGCCAAUGGUUUCCAGACGUAUGCCCCCUUCACUAAAAACCAACAAUUGUGUUUACAGUGCAUUCCCUAACACUAUGUCAUAGGAACUCCCGAUUACUUCCUUUAAGCGCGGGAAGAAGCUCUCAGUGUGGGAACCCGACGUAGUGGAAUUCUUAAAAAAUGAAAAUCAAACCCAUUUCGAAAAUUCCGUACAUACAUCUUUCUUUCUUUCUCACUUAGUGCCUAUACAUCGGCAGACUUUGGCUUGCGUUGGGGAAAACGCUUUUGUAUCAGACUAGAGAAACGAUCUCCGUUCGCACUCAGACUAUUACACAAUAUUGCUUUUUGUUUUCUCCCUUUUUUCUUUCUUCCUCCAAAAGAAAAGAGAAACUUUAAUUUUAAAUUGCAUGGUGUUUCGUAUGUACCCUUGAAAGGAGAAUUGGGUGAAGUUUUUAUCUUUUGUUUUCCAUGUGGUUUUCCCAUGCGUUUGUUGGCUUUGAAAUAUAUAGUCUUCACCUUGUGCUGUCUGUCAGAGUCGUGCGCCAAUGGGCAUGUGGUUCUUCUUCACAUUUUUCUUUUUCAUUUUUCUUCUUCUUUUUUUCUUCUUCUUUUUAUUAUUAUUAUUACUCGUUCCCCUUUUUCCCCUUUUUCCCCUGGGCUUAACGGAUACCUUUUUCCUUCGAGCGAGAAAGAGGGACGAUUUGGCACGGUGCGGUAGAUGUUAGUUUGUGCAGUGUUUUAUAUGUGAUGGUAAAACGGCUCUAUUAAGUAUGGUUAGAUAGAUAUACAGUUUGUGAU